GUGAGGGCCGAGGGGCCUUUCAGCGUGGAGAUGGCCUGAGCCGGGUGGCUGGAGCCGCCGCAGUAGGAUCUCGCUUUGGAGGACUGUCUCUCCCCUCCGUUUCUGUUCCAGGAGCUGGCUUCUGGAUAGUUCUUCUAACUUCAGCCAUGUCGCCGGCUCCAGGUGCCACCCCAGCGCCUGCCUUGAUCUCCCUGUUGGACCUCACCGUGGAAGCGCCACUCGUUCGGGGCCUGAGCCUGGUGAGCCAACCUGCCGGGGAGGCUCCGGCCGGGGCGCCGCGUACUUCCUGUCCAGGAGAGAGCACAAGCUCAGGAAGAAAAGUAUCUCCUUGUUCUCUGGAUAUUUCAGACAAAUUGUUUUGUUCAGCAUGUGACCAGAUCUUCCAGAACCAGCAGGAACAGAGAGAACAUUAUAAGCUUGAUUGGCAUCGCUUUAACCUAAAACAGCGUCUCAAGAACAAGCCUCUCCUGUCAGCUUCAGACUUUGAAAAGCAAAGCUCCACAGGAGAUCUUUCCAGCAUCUCAGGAUCAGAAGACUCAGACUCAACUAGCGAUGAGGACUCGCUGACACUGGAUGUGGGGAGGGCUGAAUUUGAGAAACCUAAACGACCCCAAGGAUUCUACCCUCAUCGGGUCCUUUUCAAAAACGCCCAGGGCCAGUUUUUUUAUGCCUAUCGAUGUGUCCUAGGCCCUCACCAGGUUCCCCCAGAAAAGGCAGAAUUGCUGGUUCAGAACCUACAAAAUGGAGGUCCCAGAUACUACGUGGUGCUCAUGGCUGCAGCUGGACAUUUUGCUGGUUCCGUUUUUCAAGGAAGAGAAGUGGUGGCACACAAAACCUUUCACCGCUAUACCGUGCGGGCCAAGCGGGGUACAGCCCAGGGGCUUCAGGAUGCCCAGGGUAGGGCAUCACGCUCUGCUGGAGCCAGCUUGAGGCGCUACAAUGAAGCCAUGCUAUAUAAGGAUGUUCGUGACCUGUUGGCAGGGCCAACCUGGGCUAAAGCGCUAGGAGAAGCAGAAACAAUACUGCUACGUGCCCCACGCUCUGGCCGGUCCUUGUUCUUUGGAGGCCAGGGAGCACCCCUACAAAGGGAUGAUUCCCGUCUUUGGGAUAUCCCCCUCACCACCCGCAGACCCACUUUUGGAGAGCUUCAGCGUGUACUCCAUAAGCUGACCACCCUGCAGGUGUAUGAUGAAGACCCUCGAGAAUUGGCCACAUUUCACUCACCUGAGACACACUGGAAACCAGUGAAAGAGAGAAAAAAAGCUACUGAGAAAGAAGAAGCAAAGGUCCCCGGUGAUGCUGAUAAGGCCCUGGGGCAGGAUGAAGAAUCACUCAAACAAGGUCCAGAGUCUCAGGAAGAAGAUGGUUCCCAAGUAGAGUUGGAGCUAGUAGAAUUGACACUGGGGACCCUUGAUCUUUGUGAAUUUGAGGUAUUACCCAAGCGGAGGAGGAGGAAAAAGAAGAAGGAGAGAAGUCAAGACCAGCAGUGUGAGACACAUGUGACUCCUCUUCAGCAACCUCAGCCAGCCCAAAGGGUUACAACCCCAAUAGACACUUUGGUUGAUGAAACCAAAGCCCCUGGUCAGCCGGAGCUCUGGGAUAUGCUUUUAGCUGCUUGCCGAGCUGGGGAAGUUGAGGUGCUAAAGCUGCAGCUAGCCAAUGGGCCUGCAGACCCUGGGGUUAUGUCCCUACUCAAUGCCCCUUUGGGAUCUGGUGGCUUUACUCUCCUGCACGCAGCAGCUGCAGCUGGAAGAGGCUUAGUAGUUCGUCUGCUGUUGGAGGCAGGUGCUGACCCCACUGUGCAGGACUCUAGGGCUCGGCCACCUUAUAUUGUAGCAGCUGACAAGUCAACGCGUAACGAAUUCCGAAGGUUCAUGGAGAAGAAUCUUGAUGCCUAUGAUUACAACAAGGCUCGGGUGCCAGGGCCACUGACUCAAGAGAUGGAGGCCCGGCAGAUUACAAGGAAAAAGGAGCAGAAGGCAGCUCGACGGCAGCGGGAGCAACAGCAGCGGAAGCAGAGGGAGCAGGAAGAACUGGAGCAAGAAGAGCAGCGGCGAUUUGCUGCCCUCAGUGACCGAGAGAAGAGAGCUCUGGCUGCGGAACGCCGACUUGCUGCCCAGUUGGGAGCCCCUUGCCCUCCAGUUCCUGACUCCGCAGUUGUCAAUGCUGGACGCUGUUGGAGUUGUGGAGGAUCCCUCCAAGGCAUCACUCCCUUUCACUACCUCGACUUCUCUUUCUGCUCCACACGUUGCCUCCGAGACCAUCGCAGUCAGGCAGGGAGGCCUUCUUCCUGAUUUCUUACAGCCACCUGGGGCC